GAUAACCUCGGUGUCAGCCAUCUUUCAAUUGUGUUCGCAGCCGCCGUCGCUCUCCAACGCCUGCGCCGCCUCCAGCUCGCCGAGCUCCAGCCGAAGGAGAAGGGGGGUCAGUGACGAGGUGUCUGUACCAUGGCUCGUACCAAGCAGACCGCCCGCAAAUCGACCGGGGGCAAAGCCCCGAGGAAGCAGCUGGCCACCAAAGCCGCUCGAAAGAGUGCGCCCUCCACUGGAGGGGUGAAGAAACCUCAUCGUUACAGGCCCGGUACUGUGGCACUUCGUGAAAUUAGACGUUAUCAGAAGUCCACUGAACUUCUGAUUCGCAAACUUCCCUUCCAGCGUCUGGUGCGAGAAAUUGCUCAGGACUUCAAAACAGACCUGCGCUUCCAAAGUGCAGCGAUUGGUGCUUUGCAGGAGGCAAGUGAGGCCUAUCUGGUUGGCCUUUUUGAAGACACCAACCUGUGUGCUAUCCAUGCCAAACGUGUAACCAUUAUGCCAAAAGACAUCCAGCUAGCACGCCGCAUACGUGGAGAACGUGCUUAAGAAUCCACUAUGAUGGAAAACAUUUCAUUCUUUUAAAAAAUUUCUCUUCUUCCUGUUAUUGGUAGUUCUGAACGUUAGGGUUUUUUUUUUUUCCAUGGGGUCAAAAGGUACCUAAGUAUAUGAUUGCAAGUUGAAAAUAGGGGACAGAAAUCAGGUAUUGGCAGUUUUUCCAUUUUCAUUUGUGUGUGAAUUUUUUUAAUAUAAAUGCGGGGACAUAAAGCAUUAAUGCAAGUCAAAUGUUUCAGUGAACAAGUUUCAGCAGUUCAACUUUAUAACAAUAUAAAUAAACCUGUUAAAUUUUUCUGGACAA